CUCUUAAAUGCACCGAAUUUGCAUUUACAGAUCAGACUGCAUCUUCUUCAAGUGGAAUAGAAGAUCGCUGAAUUCUUUCUUCAUGGAUCUCUUGAUCAAGUUCUUGUGCUUCUUCCUCAUUGUACUCCAAACGGCACAAGAUUCCUGCGGCAACGAGAAGCAUUCUUAUCCUUACCUGCACGAAGCGAGUUGCUUCUCGCAGGCCAAAAAGGAGCGAUUCGACUACAUAAUUGUGGGCGGCGGCACCGCUGGGUGCCCCUUGGCGGCCACUCUCUCCCAGAACUACAGCGUGCUGGUGCUGGAGCGGGGUGGCUCGCCGUACGGUAACCCCAACAUUUCUCACAUGCAGAACUUCCACAUCUGCCUCACGGACACCUCCCCUUCUGCACCAUCUCAGCCCUUCAUUUCCACCGAUGGCGUCAUCAACGCUCGAGCUCGAGUCUUGGGCGGCGGCACCUGCAUCAACGCCGGCUUCUACACCAGAGCCAGUCCAAGCUACGUGAAGGCAGCGGGGUGGGACGCCAAGCUGGUGAACGAGGCGUAUCGGUGGGUGGAGCAGAGGAUCGUACACUGGCCAGAGGUUGCUCCGUGGCAGGCUGCCCUCCGCGACGGCCUGCUCGAGGCUGGCAUCGGGCCCUUCAACGGCUACACCUACGACCACCUCUACGGGACCAAGAUUGGGGGCACCAUCUUUGACAAGGACGGUUUCCGUCAUACUGCCGCAGACCUCCUCGCCUCAGCGAACUACAGCAACCUCAGAGUUCUCCUCCAUGCCACCGUCGAGAGGAUCAUUUUCGACGGAGGACCCGGGCGGCGGUGGCCGACAGCGGCAGGGGUCGAAUUCAAGGACGAAUCGGGCAAGCGGCACCUGGCUCUCCUCGAGGACGGAAGCCGGAGUGAGGUGAUUCUGUCGGUGGGCGCCAUCGGUAGCCCACAGUUGUUGCAGCUCAGCGGGAUUGGGCCGCGGAAGGAUCUCGAGAAAUUGGGCAUUCCAGUGGUCGUCGACAACCCGCACGUCGGGAAGGGGAUGGCGGACAACCCGCUCAACUCCAUCUUCAUGCCCACGAAAAAGUCGAUACGACAGUCGCUGAUUCAGACCGUCGGCAUCACCCAUCGCGGCGUCUUCAUCGAGGCCAGUAGCGGCUUCAGCCAGUCAUCGGACAGCAUCAAGUGCCAUCACGGUGUCAUGUCCGCCGAGGUAGUCGUCCAUCUCCGCGCGGCAUCGUUAUUGAUCUUUCUAGCUACAAUUUCAAUCAAUUUCUUGAUGGUGGUAUGCUUGAAGAUCGGGCAGCUCUCGACGAUUCCUCCGAAUCAGAGGAGCCUCGAGGCGGCGCAAAAGUACGCGAGGGAAAUAAAGAAAACCCUGCCGAGGGAGGCGUUCCGAGGCGGCUUCAUACUGGAGAAGAUAGACGGGCCGCUGUCCCGGGGCGGCAUCCACCUCGUCGACGGCGACGUGGACACUCCGCCGGCCGUGACCUUUAACUACUUCAGCCACCCUUUGGACCUUCGGCGGUGCGUGUACGGGAUCCGCAGCAUCGGGCGAGUGGUGCGGACGAAGCGCUUCGCCGACCUCACCAUCGAAGACACCUACACGAUGGAAGCGCUACUGAACAUGAGCGUGCGGGCGAACGUGAACCUGAUUCCUAAGCAUACCAACGACACCGCCUCGGUGGAACAGUUCUGCAGGGACACUGUCACCACCAUUUGGCACUACCACGGCGGCUGCUGCGUCAGGAAGGUGGUCGACGGCAAGUACCGGGUGCUCGGCGUACACAGGCUCAGGGUGGUGGACGGCUCCACGUUCUACAGGUCACCGGGGACGAACCCACAGGCUACCGUCAUGAUGAUGGGAAGAUACAUGGGAGUGAAGAUACUGAGGGAGAGACUGGGAAGAGCAGCAGGAGUAUAAGUGAUUGCCAUUUUGUGUGCGUGUGCACUGCGAUAUAGAAGAAAGAACCUUGGUCUGCUGAUUAUUACUGGGAAUUGGGAUUAUUGUGAAAAGUUUCUUAAAGAAAGAAAGAAACAUUUAGAAAGAGAUGGAAUACAUACAUAGAUGUUUGACAAAUGUAUGUUAACUAUAUAUGCCUAAUAAAUAAAUUAAAAUUCAGUUUUUGGUUUA